AGGCUUGCCUUGAAGGACGGAGAGGAUUCCUGAGAGCAUCAUAUAAGGGCAUCAUAUGGCAAGCUCCCAUCCCACGGAUGACAGAAUUGCACAUUCCUUUUAUUUCUCGAUUCAAAAAGAAACAUUCUCCCUCCUCUUCUCUUCUCUUCUCUUCUCUUCCACUCCGAGUAUUAUAUAUCUCGUCUUGCGGCAGAGGACCCUCUGUACCAACAAAGGGCCCAUAUAAGGAGCGGAGGAGGAAGAGGAGGCUGCGUUAUCUGCAGCAGUAGAUCGUGUGGUGAUGGGUGUGGAUCACUGGACUCUCGAAGAGGUCACCAUGGACUCGGGCUUUCCUUCUGUCUGGGGGUUUCAUGAGAUCCAGUGUGGGGUGUGAAUGAUAUCCAGCAUCAUCCUACCUUCAUCGGUCGCCAAUUUAUGGUGUCUGCUGCUUGAAUGUUUGCGUUAGGAUCAGCCAUGGAGUUGGCUGCUCAACUGGGCAUCGAGGACUUGAAGCAUAAGCUUCUGUGUGCGACGUCGGAGCUGGAAGCGCUGCGGGCCAAUGCCAAGGAAGAGAUACGGAAGAGCGAGGAGAACAUCGAGCAGUUGAUCCACCACCUCCAAGUGAUCACCCACGAACGAGACGUGGCGAGGGAUCAGCUGCAGCUUGUUCUCAACAAGAUCACGCUGCCUGACAGCCCGCAGAUGAGGCAAGCGAGAGGGAGUAGCAGCCUCACCGAGUCCGAUAGCCUCUCGGGGGCUCCCAACCACCAUUCUUACGGCGCAUCUCCCGUCGAUUCCUUCUUCGACAACGUGGGUUCUCCGGAACUGUCGAGCAUGGGCAGACCACAGCGGCAAGCCUCUCAGAGCAGCCCCAAUUACGACGGGGCAUCCGCGGUGGUCGAUGGCCUUGCGAUGAGGAAGCCAUUGCCACGCAAGGGGAAGCUGCUGCAAGCGGUUCUGGAAGCAGGUCCUCUGCUGCAGACCCUUCUCCUCGCAGGGCCGCUCCCUCAGUGGCGCAAUCCUCCACCGCUGCAACCAUUUCAAGUUCCUCCCAUGGCCGUCAAACUCCACAACGCUUCACCGCCCAACCAAAAACCUGCAGCGAACGCAAGCAGCAAUUUGGCUUACGCUUCUCCUCCGAACGCAUUUAACCGUGACACCCACGUUUACGGCCUGGCCGUGUCGAAUUCAACACCGAAGAGACCGACGACCUCGCAAUGUCUGAAAGGCUUCGAGGAGCCGAGGAUGAAGAGACAAAAGACUCAAUGUAUGUGAAGGAGAUGGUGUUGGCGUAGUUAGGAACCCAUAUAGUCUUGAGAUUACAGUUCGUGUUGUGUGUUCUGUCAUGUUCACGAUGUAAAGAGCAGGAUUUUGUGUUUCCUUA